AUGUUAAUCUUUAGAGCAAGUGAGUCUGCGCUGUGGAUGGGUACUAGCACAUUUGGUCUUUUCAUGAGCAACGUGUUUCCCACAAGUGUGGCACUAGCUGAGCAGUAUUUUAAUGUUACAGGUACCUUGUGCUUUAGUAAUAGUGGGUGUUGCAUUUCCCCAGACAGUUUCCGUAGUGGAACGCUGACCCAUUUUGGAGUCAAUGCGGUAAAGACGGUUGAAGUCUGGCAGCAUUGCACCACCGUACCUAGGGUUGGUUAGCCACCCGAAACACAGAAACAUUCAGUAUCUUUCUCUAUAAUGAGAAUCACUUCUUGACAUAAUGAUCAUGAAGUUGGGGGAAAACUCAUAGCACUGUAGUAAUUUGUAAAAUAUUUAAAAAAAACCGGAGAAGGGUUAUAGGAAGAAGGGACCUUUGCAAAAAGUUCAAAUAUAAACCUAUUUGGAAAAAGUUAACAUGGCAAAUGGUUUGGUUACAUGUAUACUGGAACGCGAACCAAAGAUCCCCAAAAUGCAAAACCGAUGCACUGGCUAUAAUCGACCACGAAAAGUGCCAGCGUGUCUGUUUUUUUGGUUUUGUCCUCUACCUGCUAAUCCUCAUUAAUUGUACUGUAUGUGGAGCCAUAACCCCGAGUCACCAUACGACAGCUUUCCCGACGUUGACGGUCGGCUAUUCCCUGCAAACAGAAGGUUAUCUUCAGUCGAACCUGCUUUAACGUACACCUCCCCUAAGCGGACAAUUGUUCUGAUUCCAUGGGUAUCCGCUUUCGAAGAGGUUCCACUGUAUCAACACUCUGAUGCUAUACACAUUGCGGACCUAUUCUGGACCUCUUGCUGACCUAGAAGUUACCUAACGCUAUAUUCGCACUAUAUCAGCUGGCUUUUGCGCCGGCACGAAAACCAUACCGAAUAGGGCUUCUAACACACGAGAACGAUGAUUUUCGCGCGAUUUCUGUAACGGAGUGAAACUGCGACGUGCCGGUCUCUAAGGUGGAGAGUCAAAUAUCGGAUAGGUUUUUAUACUAUAAGGGAUACCUUUCCGUGAUGCCACGAAAAGCUACUCGGUAUGUUGUGAACAUAACCUAAGAGUUCACUGUACUUACGCACUUGUUAGCAUAGAGCCUGUUAAGUUUUAUCCUUGAAAACCCGCUGAUUUAAUGCUCAUCUUUUUUCCCAUUCCUUUUUUAGGUACAGUGACUUGUAUGUUUGUUGUGAGCGCCGCUAUUGGAGAGAUGAUUAUACCACUCAUCGUGGGUAAAGUGUUCGACUAUGUGGGAGCGAUCAGUUUUCUGGCUGAGGGCUGCAUUCUAUGUUUCGCCGCAUUUGGCGCUUACCUAGCAGUAUUAAUUAUUGGAAAAGGAACAGCGUCUCACGAGAGGAAAAGAGAAGGUAAAAUAUGUUCACAAAUGUAUAUUGAAUAACCUCUAAACAUCGAGGGGUUCUAUGGCCUCGUUUGGUCAGCCCCCGCGCGUUUUGGUAAACUCGUCCCCAGGGAACAGCCCUGGGAACGAGGUUGGCGUUCCAGAUGGAAUUGAAAUUUGGAAGUAUUGGUUUUUGGGGAGACGGUACACUCACGGUAGUCCGAGAAACAGCCGACAUUACGCGACGUCACCAUUGCUUUCUGCGCGAAAUGACGUCUGAGAAACGAGCGCAGAAAUUCCAUACUGAUGACGUGUCACUACCCAGAUCUGGGUAGUGCUUCUGAUUGGUUGAAGCAAAUUUCCCACGCAGCACCGCGACCAAUCAGAAGCACCACUCAGAUCUGGGUAGUGACGCGUCAUCAGUAUGGAAUUUAUGGGCUUGUUUCUCAGUCGUCUAUUCGCGGGGAAAUCAGUGGUUGUGCCGCGAAAUGUCGGCUGUUUCUCAAGCUAAAAAGACGGCGGAAAAAAGUAUCAGAGAAAAACUUCUCGGAUCAAGGAUAGGAGCCCAUUAAUGAGCUUUUGACAAACGGAUGGGGACAAACAACAACCGAUGGCGGCGGCGUAUAGCUUGACGUCGCCUUCGUGAUAUACGAACCCUGGAUAGAUUAUUGAGAGGGGAUUGGUCUCACUAAUGCGCGACACCAGUCUUCUUCACAGGACUGCACUUCGACAAAUCGCGCGGGGCGAAGUGUAUGAAUGGAAAUAAGCGAAGCAGAAGGCAUCAUGGGAAGGAGAAGAACGGUGGCGACGCACUGUCCCUCCACUUUCUUUACCCCACUGUACUUUGUAUAAAAAUAGCGCGUAGCUGGGGAGACGUCUAAUAACCAAGCAGGCGCAACCCAACACUUACACCUUCCCCCUUGGGCAAUCCUCACACUUUUGCAGAUGAAAAUUCAAGAAGAGCAUAAAUCCCGCCUUGCAGCAAGGACUGUUUAUCAUUCUACUCAAGUUUGCUGUCUAGUUGAAACGCUAUUUCUGAUACGUUUUUUUUUUUCGUCACAGUAAUCGGAGAAGGCAACGCGGAAGUAAAAAAUGACGAUGAUGCUGAUGCAGAAAAAGAUUCUGAGAAGCAGGAAAAAUCAGAGGAAAAAUCACCCAAGAGAUGA